GUGAAAAAUAUUCUAGGUUAUUGUUGCCGGUCAAUCUCGCCUUCUGCUUCCCACACAGCAGUUAGCAAUGUUGAGCAGUAACCAAGAUGCUGCUGGAAACUUUGUGCUCACCAGUGGUGGAGAUAUUGCUAGAAACUUCGUGCUAAGCAGUUCAGUAGAUGGGAACAAAGGAAACUUUGUGCUUAGCAGUGCAUUAGAUGGGAAUAAAGGAAGCUUCUUACUGAACAGUUCAGUUGACGGAAGCAGAGGAAACCUUAUGCUGAACAGUUUAGCCGACGGAAACAAAGGAAACUUCGUUCUGAACAGUUCAGCAGAUGGGAAUAAAGGAAACUUUGUUUUCAGCAGUUCAGCAGAUGUGAGCAAAGGAAACUUCGUGCUCAGCAGUUCAGCUGAUGUGAGCAAAGGAAACUUUGUGCUUAGCAGUUCAGCAGAUGCGAGCAAAGGAAACUUUCUUAUCAGCAGUUCAGUUGAUGCGAGCAAAGGAAACUUUGUGCUCAGCAGUUCAGUAGAUGAGAACAGAGGAAGCUUUGUGCUAAGUAACGGGAAGAGCAACGGUGCAAAGCUAGUAUCCCUGUCUGCAUCUCCUCCUGGAAUUCAGAAACCUGUAAACAGCAGUACACCAGAUCUAGUACUGCAUCCAGCUAAUCAGUUAAGUUCUGAGAAUUACAAGAGGUUGAAUUUGAGUCCGGCCAAGAUUUAUAACGGGGGCCCGCCUCCGGGUACUCCCAUCACACCCGGUACACAGAUAAUCCUGUCAGAGGGUGUGGCUUCAGGGGUAACCAAGCUCUCCUUGUCCCCCAGUGUGUCCCUCCCCCUGGACUCUACCUCCCCACCUCGUAUUUUCCACACUGUUUCCUCGACACCCUUCUCAAGUGGCACUGUGUUCCUGAGUCCUAGUUCAAAAGGAAUCACUACUUCGGCCAUAUCAAACCUCAUUCUUACUCCGGGGAAUCCGAUAUUCUCGAACUCAUCCAACCCUGUCUCCUCCCUCAAGACCUUCCAACCUUCCCUCUCCACUCCCCUCCCUGCCCUCUCAACCCCUAGUGUCUCCGUGUCGAUGAUUGAGAUGAAAAAGCGCGAUAAUAUCGACAAGAUCGAUCUGUCUGAACCCGAGUCGAAGCGAAUUCGACUGGAGCCUCCCGCUGGUGUGACGCAGUAGUCUACUCGAACCCUCAACCAGUGACGCAUAGUCCCCUAGUCUAACGCAGAGCGUGUACGGACUAUAUAGCAUGACGUAGUGAGUGAAAAUCUAAAAUAGCAGAGCUAUAAUCUCUUCCCUGCUAGUCUCUCCACAACUAAAAAACUUGUCACUUUUUACGAAGAAAGCUUGUCACUUCAUUAAAACCAAUCCGGACAUUCGUCGGAAUAAGACAAAUAUUGGUAUUCACCUAACUAGUGGUAAACACGACACUUAACUUAAAUCACGUUUUGAAUUUGUUGAAAAUUAAAAUUUAUGCAGAGUUCUGGAUUGUCAGUUUAACUUGUUGAUUUCUAUUUAGAAUUAUGUAAAAAAUUGUAUAAAGUGUUAUAUUAUCUUAUCACUGUUGGCAUAAAGGGAAGGAUAAAACUUUCAAAUAAGAUGGCAUCCCUUCUUUCAAAACAAAAUAUUUUUUCUAGUCUUAUUUUCUCAGAAUAAGUACGCAUUGAUUUACAGAUCAGAUUAUUUUAACAUUUGAUUGAAGGAUGUCAGUUUUCUUGGUCUGAACGUACCUGAAUUUACCUAGGAUUUUAACAUUUUAGAACUGUGCUCAAUCAAGCCUGCUCUAGCAUAUCGAAUAACAGGGUUGAUAAGUUAUGCAAAUUUUUCACCAAUUUAAAAUGUUAAUCCCCCCCCCCCCCACUCUUUUAUUCAGGAACCUUCCUUUUGCCUAGCUGUUGUUGAAUUUAUAAAUAUCUAUAGUCCUGGAUUAUAACCGCCCACUCACCUUUCAUUCAUUCAUUUAGACUGACUUCUAAAUUACAAGUUGUCGGUCCCCUAUUCAUGCUUACACCGUCAACAUUCAGUUUUCAUUCAGAAUCUGUAACAGAAUUUAAAUAAAAUGUGUCAACAAAAUUUUUGUUAAAUAUUUCA